GCGGGGAUAGUGAUCCCGGCUGGAGCCGCGCUCGGGGCUUCGGAACGCUGGCGCUGCCCGGAGGCUGUCUGGUCCCCGCCAGCCCAGGGCACUUGGCGCGAGGAUCUGCGCGCCUCGCUCUACCCUCCCAAUGUCGCCGCCAGGCUGCUGAGCGCCUCACCCCCUUCCCGCAUCAGUGUGGCGCGGUGGAGGUCCGGGUGGAGGCAGGAAGCCUCCUUCGCAAAGCGGGAAUGGAGGUAAAUUGUUUAACACUAAAAGACCUGAUCAACCCCAGGCAGUCCAGGUUAGAUUUUGCAAUUGAAGAUGGAGAAAAUGCACAAAAGGAAAAUAUAUUUGUUGAUCCAUCAAGAAUGGCCCCGAAGACGCCAAUAAAAAAUGAACCAAUUGACUUAUCGAAGCAAAAAAUCUUCAGUCCAGAGAGAAAUCCCAUUACUCCAGUUAAGCCUGUCGACAGACAGCAAACAGAACCGUGGACACCCACAGCUAACCUGAAGAUGCUCAUUAGUGCUGCCAGCCCAGACAUAAGGGACCGGGAGAAGAAAAAGGGACUUUUCCGACGCAUUGAAAAUAAGGAUAAUGCAUUUACAGACUCUAUACAGCUUGUUGUUGUUGGGGACAGUGCUGUGGAUGAAUUUGAAAAGCAAAGGCCAAGCAGAAAACAGAAAAGUUUAGGACUCUUGUGCCAGAAGUUUCUAGCUCGCUAUCCAAGUUAUCCCUUGUCAACUGAGAAAACUACCAUCUCCCUAGAUGAAGUUGCCGUCAGUCUUGGUGUGGAGAGGAGACGUAUCUAUGACAUUAUAAAUGUGCUGGAGUCACUGCAUGUGGUCAGCCGGGUGGCGAAGAAUCAGUAUGGCUGGCAUGGACGGCACAGCCUGCCCAAGACCCUGAGGAACCUCCAGAGACUGGGAGAGGAGCAGAAAUACGAAGAGCAGAUGGCAUACCUCCAGCAGAAGGAGCUAGACCUGAUGGAUUAUAAAUUUGGAGAACGUAAAAAAGAUGGCUAUCCAGAGUCCCAAGAUGCACAGUUAUUGGAUUUCUCUGAGCCCGACUAUCCCUCUUCAUCAGCAAACAGUAGAAAAGACAAGUCUCUGAGAAUUAUGAGCCAGAAGUUUGUCAUGCUGUUCCUCGUCUCUAAAACCAAGAUCGUUACUCUGGAUGUGGCUGCCAAAAUUCUGAUAGAAGAAAGCCAAGAUACCCCAGACCACAGUAAAUUUAAAACAAAGGUACGACGCCUCUAUGAUAUAGCCAAUGUUCUGACCAGCUUGGCGCUGAUAAAGAAAGUGCAUGUAACAGAAGAGCGAGGCCGUAAACCAGCCUUCAAAUGGAUCGGGCCUGUGGACUUUAGCUCCAGCGAUAUUUUUAUAAGUGAAUCAGAUAUAGUCAAUCCUCAUGAUUCACAGAUUCCAUACCUGCAAUCCCUGUGUUCUGUUCACAAGAGUGCCCAAAAUGAAGAACUAGUGGAUGUUUCUGCAUCUGUCUUACCAGAAUUGAAAAGAGAAACAUAUGGCGAGAUUCAAGUCUGUGCAAAACAGAAGCUGACUCGUCAUGCUUCUUUUAACACAGUUCAGGCUUCUGAGAGGAUCCAGAGGAAGGUGAACUCGGAACCCAGCAGCCCGUACAGAGAAGAACAAGGAUCCGGUGGCUACUCUUUAGAAAUUGGAAGUCUAGCAGCUGUCUACAGACAGAAAAUAGAAGACAAUUCACAGGGAAAAGCCCUUGCCAGUAAGGGAGUGAGGCCUUCGUCAAGCUGCUUGGACCCUGCCAUUCCUUUCCCUGUCCUCUCUGUUGAUUCAGAAUAUUGUGUCAAUCCUUUAACCCACCCAGUAUUUCCUGUUGCUCAGACGGACCUGCAGGCAUUCUCCGGGCAGAAUGGCCUGAAUGGACAAGUAAACGUCUCACUCGCUUCUGUAGCCUCUGCCAUGGAGAGCUUGAAGCCAGCUCUGCUUGCUGGCCAGCCCUUGGUGUACGUGCCCUCCCCCUCCCUGUUCAUGCUGUGUGGGAGCCUGCAGGAGGGGCCGUCCCCAGGGUCAGGGUCAGGGUCAGAGAAGGAUGGCAGAAGUUCGGAAGCCCCAACUGCAACAGAGCUGUUAAUUGUACCCCCGACUCAGAAGCGCCUCUGUGAGGAGAGGAAGCCUGAGGAGGAGGGUGAGCCGGCCACGAAAAGACAAAGUAGGGAAUACGAAGACAGCCCCCUGUCGCUCGUCAUGCCCAAGAAACCCUCAGAUUCCCCAGAUUUUUCCUCGCCCAAGACUCUGGGUGGCAGGGCAUCCACACCUCUCGAAGACACUCACAGGAAUGGCCAGCUCCCUGCUGCACACGAGGCUUCAGGAAAGGCUACGGCAAACUGCUUUGCUUCUUCUGAGUGGGGAAAUCCUUCAGGAAAUACAGAUGUUGAAAAGCCUUCAAAAGAAAAUGAAAACACCAAAGAGUCCUCUUUGCUGCAAUAUCUUUAUGUGCAGUCUCCAGCCGGAUUAAAUGGUUUCAAUGUGCUCUUAUCUGGCGGUCAAACCCCUCAUACUGUGGGCCCAUCUUCAGGUCAGCUGCCGUCCUUCAGCGUUCCUUGCAUGGUCUUACCAUCUCCGACUCUGGGCCCUUUUCCUGUUGUCUAUUCUCCUGCAAUGCCUGGCCCGGUUUCUUCCACUCCUGGUGUUCUCCCAAACACAGGACCUGUGAAUUUCAGCUUGCCUGGCCUUGGAUCAACACCUCAUCUUGUUGUCAGCCCUGCAGCCAUGGUUAAUCCAAAGUCGUCCACACUCCCUUCUACAGACCCUCAGCUCCAGGGUCAGCCCUCACUUAACCUGAGUCCGGUGAUAUCAAGGUCACACAAUAUCAUCCAGCAACCUGAGUCCCCCAUUUACGUGGGACAUCCAGUCUCAGUAGUAAAAUUACAACAGUCACCAGUUCCAGUGACCCCCAAGAGCACCCAAUGCACACAGCGGGAGACAUUUUUCAAGACACCUGGCAGCUUCGGAGACCUUGCCCUUAAGAGAAGAGAAAGGAAUCAGUCACGAAACGCCAGCUCUGCCCAGAGGAGACUAGAAAUCCCCAGUAACGGAGCUGACUAACCUGCCUCUUUGCCUGGGUGGGAUCAAACCACCUGAAUCUCUCUGUUACAGGCGACAUCCUCAAUAGGAUGCAGACCAUCCGGUCGUGAGCACGCGUCCUUCCUCUCUCUUUCAUCCGCUGGUUCUAUUCCCACCAUCAUGAAUCAUCUAUUUUCCUAAAAGUAAUUGUUAUUAAUUGUGCAUUUAAUACCAGUUAGAGUUCAGGCUGUCUGCAUGGUGUCGCAGUGGAAGCACCAGCUGACUUUUGUGGUUUUGAUCCAAGAAUCAUCUUAUUGCUGGAAGUAGGUCUGAACAGGCUGCCAGAGCCUUGUGGUUUUGCUGAAGGGGGAGCUGUCUAGCACUUAACAAGGGUAAGCAUUCUUGACAUGCAUUUCCACUUGCCCUGAGUAAAUCUGUGGUGAGAGAAACGUCCUUUCUGCAGUUUAAAAAAAAGCUACUGCUUCCUUAGGCUUCAUCAGGAAGCCACCUUCAGUUGUGAAUCCUAUGGUAUUAUUUAUUUUGUUCCUGAAAUGGGAUUUAGUGCAAAAAGUUUACAACUACAGCCUAACACACUUUUUCAGGGUAUGACGACUUGAAUGUUUAUCCUUUUUUCCUAUAAUUUGCCCUGCACUUAUUCUGCACCCUAGUAAUAAUGUGGAAAAAUGUAUAUACACGACAAAUGUCAAGACCAAAAUAACUGUGAAAGCCACACCUUGCUGUAAAUGAACUGUGCCCACACUAUCUGUGGGCAUGAGAACUAAGAUAAACUCUAGCAGCCUGAUCGCUGCUUUUCAAAUAACUGUGAACAGUGAGGUUUUACUAUUCAUUUCUAAAAAUCCUGUGUUCAGUUUCCUUCACUACAUGCCCUAUGUUUUUAAUUUAAAUUUUAGCGGUAGAGUAUCAGGUAUGGAUGCCUUCUAACAAUUGCUGUUUGUAAAAUAAAUCAGGAUGGGUAGAAAGUAAUUAUAUGGAAAAUUGGAACCUGAAUGAGACCUUUUAGUUGAAUUCUUAAGAGUAAUGGUGUAGAAAUUGAUACAGGGCGAUAGGUGAUUUUUUAUAUUUCUUUUACUUCUUUUCUUCAUGUUACGAAGGAUAAGAAGGAAAAUGGACACAUUAUUUUCCAUAUCCAAGAAUAUUCAAACCAUGAUUAGAUGGUACUUCUGAAAAAUAAGAACAGUGAGUGCAGGAGUUCAUUGUUCUAGCAUGAACACAAUUCUGGAAGCUAUUAUGCAAUUUCCCUUUGUUAAACUACAUUACUUUAGAGGUUCAUUAAGUAGCCAAACUUGUUUUUUGUAUUCCUAGAUUUACUGAUAUUUACCUCUCCUCUCUUCAGAGUAAAUGACUUCCUUCCUUCCUUCCUUUGUCUUUUCUAACUCUCUUUUAAAACUUCUAUCUUAGAUUUAGAAUCCUGGUGUAGGGUUUUAUUUUAUUUUUAUUUUUGGACCCAAUAAAAGGUUAUAUGAAAGAAUAAAAAUAUUAAUUUAAGAGACUCUGGGAGUCUAAGUAAAGUAGCUUUAUAUUAACUACAGGAUAAUAAUAUUAGCCUUAUUGCCCCUACAAGAUUUUUAAAAACUUGAGGUAGGUAGCCAGAUUAAAUAAAUUUGCUACUUAUAUGAAAUUUUAUCAACACUAA